UGAGGGAAGGGGCGCCUUUUCCCAAAAGGUGCAGCCAGGCAGGAGAGAUGAUGAUGGAGGUGGGGAGGAGAUAUCACACCCUGGGUCAUGUCAGGCACCAGGAUGGACCAGGAUCUGGCAGCGAGUACGUUAAGUUCUCCAAGGAGAAAUACAUCCUUGAUUCAUCGCCUGAGAAGCUUCACAAGGAGCUGGAGGAGGAGCUGAAGCUUAGCAGCACAGACCUGCGUAGCCACGCCUGGUACCACGGACUCAUCCCCCGAGAGGUGUCUGAGAGCCUGGUGCAGAGAAAUGGGGACUUCUUGAUCCGGGACUCCCUCACCAGCCUGGGCGACUACGUGCUGACCUGCCGCUGGCGGAACGAGCCCCUCCAUUUCAAGAUCAACAAGGUGAUGGUGAAGUCCAGCGAAGGCCGCACCCACAUCCAGUACCUCUUCGAGCAGGAGAGCUUCGACAACGUCCCGGCCCUGGUGCGCUUCUACGUGGGCAACCGCAAGCCGGUCUCGGAGCAGAGCAGCGCCAUCUUCUACUGCCCCAUCAACCGCACCUUCCCGCUGCGCUACCUGGAGGCCAGCUACGGACUUGCCAAUGGGAAGCACAGCGGCUCGCACGGCCACGCCAGCCAGAAAGGGGGGCACAUCAAACGCCGCAGCAUCACCAUGACCGACGGACUGACGGCCGACAAGAUCACCAGGGGCGACGGAUGCCCAACGAGUGUCUCCCUGCCACAUCACCGGGACAUCAUCCGGAACUGCGCAGUCAGUGUGGAUCAAAUCCAGGAUCUCCACUCACCAAUGUCUCCCAUCUCGGAGACCCCGACAACCCCAGCCUACAGCACUGUCACUCGGCUAAAACCGCAGGGAGGUCAGGCCGCCAGCGGCGUGAGCCCAGCAUCCCCCGUCAUAAGGCGAUCCAGCGAACCGCAGCUCUGCCAAGGGAACGGCAGCAAGGCGGAUCAGCCGGACAGCGCCCGCUCGACCCCUUCGCACGGAUACGCCAAAGCCUCGCCUUCCCCCUCGGUCAGCAGCUACAGCGACCCGGACACGGGGCAUUAUUGCCAGCUCCACCCGCCCUCCCCAGUCCAGUGGGAGAGGCCAGCUCCAGCCGGCAAGCAGGCGCUGGCCAAGAGCUAUGUGGACCGGCUAAAGGGGGACGAGGGCCAGAAGGGCCCGUCUCUGAAUGGGCCCGAGGCGGAGGCAGCGGCCCGGAAGAGACCCGGUCAGGACCCAGCCGGCUUCGUGGCGCCUACGGUGGAGAGGGUCUCCUCCUUCAACCCUGCCAUGUUCCAUUCGCUGCUCAUCCCCCUGGAAAACAAGCCCCUAGAAAUGGCAGUGCUCAAGAAAGUCAAGGAACUCCUAGCCGAAGUGGACGCCAAAACCCUCGCCCUGCACAUCACCCAAGUGGAUUGCCUGGUUGCUAGGAUACUGGGCGUUACCAAGGAGAUGCAGAGGCUCAUGGGAGUGAGCUCAGGGAUGGAGCUGCUCACCCUGCCCCACGGACAUCAACUUCGACUGGAUUUAUUGGAAAGGUUCCACACGAUGACCAUCAUGAUCGCGGUGGAUAUUCUGGGAUGCACGGGCAGCAUGGAGGAGAGGGCGUCCCUUCUGCACAAGACCAUUCAGCUGGCCGCCGAGCUGAAGAGCACCAUGGGAAACAUGUUCAGUUUUGCUGCGGUCAUGAACGCGCUGGAGAUGAGCCAGAUCUCACGGUUGGAGCAAACCUGGAUAGUUCUACGUCAGCGGCACACCGAGGGAGCCGUCCUGUACGAGAAGAAACUCAAGCCUUUCCUGAAGGGCCUGAAUGAAGGCAAAGAAGGAGGACCGCCUCUGUCCAACACCACCUUUCCUCACAUUGUGCCCCUCAUCACACUGCUGGAGCGAGACACUGCACUUCCGGACAAACCGGAGCCCUGGGAAAACUCCGACAAUGGCGUGGAGGUUGUCAUGGCCCACCUGGAGGCAGCACGGAUGGUGGCCCAUCACGGGGGACUGUACCACACCAACGCAGAGGUGAAGCUGCAGGGCUUCCACCCUCGGCCAGAGCUCCUUGAGGUCUUCAGUACAGAGUUCCAGCUGCGUCUUCUGUGGGGCAGUCGGGGAGCUGAGAGUAGCCAGACUGAGCGCUAUGAGAAGUUCAACAAAGUUCUCACGGCGUUAUCCCACAAACUCGAGCCAGUGGUGCGUUCUAGCGAACUCUAGCCGAACCGCGGACCUCUGUGCAGGACGGAGCAAGCAAGAAGUGGGGCCCAGAAAACAGCCUGCGCCACCCCUCUCUACAUCAGCCACACGAGGACGCCCCCUUGAAUGGGGAACGUGGCUCCGGCUGGUGUGGGGAAGCCCAAAGGCUGCAGGAUCUGCCUGUGAAGGUGUCCAAGAACGACGACGCCAAGCCAGGAACUGGCCACAACAGAGGCCUUCCUUAGCAUGAUACACUGACAAUCAACAUACAGUGGGUUGAUUUCCAUCCUGGAAAAACUGACAAUGGCCUAGCUCCCCAGUCUUGGGUAUUUGCAUUGUACGUCCGUGGCAUGGUUUAGGACUUGUGCAAAAGUUCCCCAUCUGUGAGCGUAAAGACUCGAUCCUGUUCCACAUCUGGGCCUGAUGGACCUUGACGGCUCAUAGCUGCAUUUUCGAGCAGAGUGCAGAAUCCUCCUCCCUUCACUACCUUGCCGUUUGGCACAAUCUCGAGUAGGCAGUCCCUGUAACUCUGAGGGCCUCCUGCUUUGUACUCCCUCAUAAAUAACUGGAGCAAGGAGGUGAACAAACCUAGUGUCACCAAUCGGUGUUUCCCAUAGUAAGAACGAAAAUGCACACGGUGGUUACAGAAGGCCUGGUCUUGAAAUCUAUUUCCCGGGGCUAUUGCCCUGCUCAGCGGUUAAGGGGGCGGCUUCCGCUGAUGCCAAUUUGAAGCUUUUUGUCCUAAACUUCAUUGCAUGGAGGCCAACUUCCCUCAGGAAGGGAAAGAAAAAAGAGAAAUGGGUGAAGGACAGAGAAAAGUGAAAGCAGAAGCAAAAGAGAAAAUGUAUUUGUUGCCCCCUCGAAGGGGUGAAUAAUAUGGGCAAGAGGUCCUUCUCCAAGUACCUGAAAUGCAUUCGAUCCUGGUCAUGCUCAUGAGUGAGAGGUUAAGAAAGGGAGUGUGGCUUUGUGGGUCUGUCCCCCCCUUAAUGUGGCACAGAGGUGGGGUUCUGGUGAAACUCACAAGUCCCUUCCACAUAGACACAACCAUAGAAACUGCAGAACGGAUAAGGGGAACAGAGCUUCUUCCCAUUUCUCUUUCCAGGUUACCUCCCCUCUUGUCCAUGCUGCCAAGACCUUGCUUCAUCUUCCUCGCCCCUCUGAUCCUCCGCACAGCCCUCUUUUUCCUUCCAGCCUCUUCUCCUUCCUAAGCUACUUCCUUGCUCACUUUCCACAACCAACUCUGCCCUACCAGCUGCCCGGCAGUUGGAACCCCAUCCAGCAGAACUGUAGCACCAUUUUAUAUUGAAUGUCAUUUGUGGAGCUAAUGGCGAUUAAUGAAUGGGAUAAUUAACUGAAGAGGAAUUGCUUAAACAUGAAUCCAGGUGAGAACUGAGGAAUUAACGUGCAGGUGACCUGGAUAGCGCCAUCAAUUUUUCGAAACUUCAUUUGGUACAAACAUUG